AUGGCGGCGGCGGCGCGGCGGGCUCAGCUGGUGCUGGGGCACUUGGCCGGGGCCGCGUCGGGCCCGGGGGCCGCCCCCAGGGCCGUGCCGUGCUCCGGGGGCCCCCCGCGGGCCGCCAGCCCCGACGAUGUGGUGGUGGUGCACGGCCGCAGGACCGCCAUCGGCCGCGCCCGCCGCGGCGGCUUCAAGGACACAACACCUGAUGAGCUGCUGGCUGCUGUGAUGACAGCUGUCCUUCAGGAUGUCAACCUCCGUCCUGAGAUGCUGGGAGACAUCUGUGUGGGGAAUGUGCUGCAGCCUGGAGCUGGUGCCUUGAUUGCAAGAGUUGCACAGUUUCUAAGUGGCAUUCCAGAGACAGUGCCGUGCUCCAGUGUGAACAGACAGUGCUCCUCUGGCCUGCAGGCCAUUAUCAACAUAGCUGGUGGCAUCCGAAAUGGAUCGUAUGACAUUGGCUUGGCCUGUGGAGUGGAAACAAUGUCCCUCAGAAGUGCAAAUAACCCUGGUGAUAUCAGUUCCAACAUGAUGGAUAACCCCAAAGCUCGAGAUUGCCUUAUUCCUAUGGGAAUCACCUCAGAAAAUGUGGCAGAGAAGUUUGGAGUUUCCCGGAAGAAGCAAGAUGCCUUUGCCUUGGCUUCCCAACAAAAAGCAGCAAAAGCUCAGCAGAUGGGACUGUUUAAAACAGAGAUUGUUCCAGUCAAAACCACUGUGGCAGAUAGUGAUGGCAACAAAAAAACAAUCACUGUGCACCAAGAUGAAGGGAUCAGGCCCUCCACAACACUGGAAGGCUUGGCAAAGCUGAAACCUGCCUUCAAAGAGGAUGGAAGCACUACAGCAGGGAAUGCCAGCCAGGUCAGCGAUGGAGCAGCUGCUGUUCUCCUGGCAAAACGCUCCAAGGCAGCACAGCUGGGCCUGCCAGUGCUGGGGGUGCUGAGGUCCUUUGCUGUGGUGGGGGUGCCACCUGAUGUGAUGGGCAUAGGGCCAGCCUAUGCCAUCCCUGUUGCUGUGGAAAAGGCAGGUCUGACUCUGAAUGACAUUGAUAUAUAUGAAAUUAAUGAAGCCUUUGCAAGCCAGGCUGUGUACUGUGUGGAGAAGCUGGGCAUUCCCAUGGAGAAGGUGAACCCCCUGGGAGGAGCCAUAGCCCUGGGACACCCCCUGGGCUGCACCGGGGCCCGCCAGGUCGUCACUCUGCUCAAUGAACUGAAGCGCCGAGGGAAGAGAGCCUAUGGAGUCGUGUCCAUGUGCAUUGGAACUGGCAUGGGAGCUGCAGCCGUGUUUGAGUACCCGGGGAAGUGAAGUGAGCUCCAGGGCUGACACAACACCACCACAGCUCCCUCUCUGCCUUCCCCAGGCAUGGCAAGUGAUUGCCACUGAAAUCAAGUGGGUUCUGGGAUUUGUUACUAGAUCUACAAAUUUUAGGCAGAAAUUGUGACGUAGAAUUAAUGGUGCAGUUCUGCAAAGAAGGUGAGGAAAUGCAAAACUGGCACAUGGCUUCCUGACAUAACUAAUUAGCUCAGCUGAAAUUCCACUACAGCCCAUGGUGAGAUGAUUAUGAAUGAUGUGGUGAUUAUUUUAAAUUUAAUUGAUCUUUUUACUCUGUGAAUAUUACCAAAGGGUAAUAGUUCAUGGGACAGUAUUUUUGUAUGACAAAUUGGCAAAAAGAGUCACUCAAAACGAAGACAUCAGUCCACGUGAAAAGACUUUUCCAGCAUUUCCUUAAAAGGUUUCACCAUUUUGUAAGAAAUUUAAAAGAGUUUGUUUUGAAGCAAAGACUUGACAUCCUUGCCUUUACAACUGUGUCAGAAGUUGUGUCUGAAAUUGUCCCUGCACUGGAGGAUGGGCUGUAGCUCGCUGCUGGUGCAGCUGCUCUGAAGCCUCUCUCCAGUGGGAGAAAGUGGAAGGACUGAACAUAAUUUCCACAGGAAAUACCUGAAUGGAAAGGUUCUGGUGAAUUGCUGGAAGCCAGGAUUUGGAUGUGGCCAUUCCUUCUUUUACAUGUCUGAGUGUCAGUUUGUGUGACUCCAAGGACAAUCUUGUGCUUAAUCAUAUUUACCUACCUAACAAAAAGCAAAUGGCAGCAUUACAUUUACUGCAGGCACUACAUGGACAUCAGUGACAGCUCAGUCCUUCAGUGCUAACACAAACAUCUUCUAUCUUGUGUCUUUUGUCAUCCCUUAUUUCUUCUCUUGUCUGAACAGAAAGAUCACUGAAACUCAGCUUGAAAAAGAAAUUUACUCAUUGCUGCUUUGAAUUUGUAACAAACUGAAGUUCUUUGUCCUGACUUUUGUUUUUGCACUUAAUAAUACAAUUGGGUUCUUGCAAUACAAUUGUUUCCUUUUUAUGAUGAUUUUUAGUUGAAGGUCAUGAUGAGUUAGAGCUCUCUGAUAUUUUCACAAUCCCAUGCUGAAACCUGUCUCACCCAGCAAUCACACAGACCCUUAGAGCCAAAAAACUGAAUUAUUUAGAGGGAAUAAUCAGCCAUUUAUAAAAGCCUUUUAUUUCAUGGAAGUGGAAAAUUUAACAGACUCAGAAGUGGGAAUUCCAGUGACCUUUAGCUAAAAUAAUACUAAAAUAGUUUAAAGAGAAGUGAGAGUAAAUGGGAACCAUGUGGGGGGAAAGAAUGAAAAUGAAGAAGGGUUCCUCCCUCUGUUGCUGAAGGGGAUGUUCUCAAGGCCCAAGCAUGAUGAAACACACAGGUUGGUAAUUUUCCAAGGAGACCAGGGAAAGUUCUCUCUUCCCUUUUUCAUGUAAGACACUGAGAAAACAGCCUGGGAAAUGCUGGCCUAUUCACCAAUUCUUGUUUUAUUAUGUGUCAAUGUCCAUUUUAACGUCAAACAAAUAAAUGAGGCAAAACAAAAGCUA